CAACGUAUCAUAAGAAUCUUGACUCUUGGUGCCGAACCGCAUCAGGCCUUACCCUAACGCAUUCUUUCCCCAUCGGAGCUCAUCUACUCGCGACCGUCACCCAACCACUCCUACGUGUCACCCAUGCAAGCUGAAAAUACUCGAGGACUCGAACGAGUUCUCUCUCCAAAUCUCGGUUCCAAAAGUCCCAAAAAGGGGCGAGGGAGCUGGGAUCGCGUUGUGGUUUACAACGCUGAAACCGGGAACGUGGAUAUCCGCAAAAGACAGGAAGUCGACAAAGAGAAAUCAGCAUACGAGCAACUCAAGCUUCCAAAGAGGAAGAAGCAAGUCUCUUUGUUUGUUGCGCAGGAUAAGGAGAAUAAGUUCAAGACGGAGGACGAGUCGCAGGAGAAUAAGGACGUGUUCCUCGCAAGGUUGAAUUUUGACAACCUUGGGUUGACGAACAGAACCUUGUUCCAUCUUGGUUGCCUUUCCACAUUAUACGUAUCUUCUCCACGGAGCGGUGUUGGUUCUGUUCACUCAAGUGCGGCGAGCGCAACUAGCGUCUGUUGAGGGUUAUAGUCCGAUGCCUCUUUCGCCGGCAUCGCC